UUCGGAAAAAAAUCGUUUUGUCUGGUGUUUUGUGUGGCCGUGCCAGUGGAAAAGAAACAAAUUUUCUUUUUUUCCUUCUUAAAAGAGAUUUUAAAAGGCAAUUUGUUUAAAUAAUAAUUAAAAAUGCUUGCCAAUUGUGCAACAAAAACCUUGCAAUAUGUGCGCGGCAGUUUGCGUACCAUUGUCAGUUCGGCCGUAAAUCGCAGUGAUAAUUUGUUUGUACACCGUGAUACUCCCGAAGAUAAUCCAGACAUACCAUUCGAAUUCACACCAGAAAAUAAGAAGCGUGUUGAUGCUAUCUUAAGCAUCUACCCCGAAGGACACAAACGUGGUGCCAUGAUCCCCUUGUUGGAUUUGGCUCAACGUCAAUACGGUUGGUUGCCCAUUUCAGCCAUGCACAAGGUGGCUGAAAUUUUGGAUUUGCCCAAUAUGCGUGUCUACGAAGUUGCUACUUUCUACACCAUGUUCAUGCGUAAACCUACCGGUAAAUAUCACAUUCAAGUGUGCACCACCACACCAUGUUGGUUGAGAGGUUCCGAUGAAAUCCUUGAGACAUGCAAGAAAACCUUAAACAUUGGUGUAGGUGAUACCACCAAGGAUAUGAAAUUCACCAUUUCAGAAGUAGAAUGCUUGGGUGCUUGUGUUAAUGCUCCCAUGGUAGCCAUUAAUGAUGAUUAUUACGAAGAUUUAACCGCUAAAGAUAUGGAAGCUAUUUUGGCUGACUGCAAGGCUGAUCGUAUUUCUCCCCCUGGACCCCGCAAUGGCCGUUUCGCCAGUGAACCCAAGGGUGAUGCCACCUCUUUGACAGAGGAACCUAAGGGUCCUGGAUUCGGUAUUCAGCCUGGUCUUUAAAUGAUGUUGUUUUGCGAUAUUUAGAAAUUUUUAAAUAAAUCCUAGAAAUUUUACUAGUUUAUUUGAGUUGUAUCUAAACUGAAAUGAAAA